AUGUCGACUUCCGAUCCAAACGCCUCCGCAACGGUAACGGCGACUCCGUCUCUCACCACCGCAUCCGAAACUCCGGCGAUACCAGCAAACACUAUCAGAACACUGACUUCUCAGCCACCUCCCGCUCCGCCGCCACCGUCUUACAGAGCCGUAGCUCCGCUUCACCACCAUCCCAAUCCGUUACAACAAGCUCAUAAUAACCACUACGCACAAUCAAUCCCAGUCCGACGACCUAAUCAAGACCAGUCAGCGGUUGUGUACCCGUUUGCUCCUCCGGGUCCGGGUCGAGGGUUUUCGUCUCGACCCGUCUCGAUGAGUUCGCCGUUCGUCGCUGAUCCUUCUGUAACGGGUGGUAAUCAGAGUGGAUAUCCUCCUCGGCCGGUUUUCCCUUACAAUACUCGACAAAUUUCGCAGGCUCAAAUCGAAUCCAUGAUGCAGAUGAUGAGGGCGAGAAAUCCUCAGAUUCAUCAGUUUACUCAUCCCGGGUCGGGUUCUCCUGUCGGGUCGAGUCCCAUGAGAGGAAUUCCUCCCUUCCUGCAACCGCGGGUUGCUCCUCCCCCAACUUCAAUUCUAGACACUAGCAGGAAUAAAAAUGCCAGGAAACGGGAUCCGGGGCUUGUCCUUGUUAGAGGGAGAAAGGUUAAAAUCACUGAUGGAGCUUCUCUUUAUUCACUUGGUCGAUCGUGGUUGAGAAAUGGUGCUCAUGAAGUAAUUCAGACGCAAAGGAGCGAUACAAUGAAACCUUUACCAAAGCCAUUACCUGUGGAUAAGAUGGAAGCAAGUGUGCCAAAGGAUCCAGCUGAAGAACCAACUGAUGAAGACAAAGAGGACGAGGAAUCUGUGAAGGAAUUAUCUGAGAAAGAUAUUUUGAAAAGACAUGUCGAGCGAGCUAAGAAGGUCCGUGCACGAUUGAAAGAAGAACGGUUGAGGAAAAUUGCGAGGUACAAAGCAAGAUUGGCUCUUCUCCUGCCACAAUUAAAAGGAGAUCAAUGA